UCUCGCUAUCUCUAUCUCGUAUUUACGUCUCUGGCUCUUGUUUGCUCUGCCACUGUAGUUGUUCGCCAACAACGCUCGGCUUGGAGCACUUGCCCUGGUGGUCUAUCGUUCAGCAUUUACAGGGGCACCUAGGGUUUCUUGGGAAGCGUUCGGGUUUAACUCGGCGUUUCCUGAUCCGGCGUUCGGCCACGGGAGUUAGGAUUUCUGCCAUUUUUCCAUUAGGGGAAGCUUUGGAAUUAGCAGGAGGUCUCUCUCUAUCUCUCUCUGUGUCUUCCUCUCUCCAUCUCUCUCUUGCUACCUUUCUUUGUUUUCUUGGAGGGAGAGACCUGUUUUCUCUGGAGUGUAGUAGGUUUUCCUUGGUUCAACCACUCUUUCCGAGCUUGUUCUGGCGUUGGGCUCCUUUUCUGGUGUGAGGUUUGGCGUUUCCGGGCGCAUUAAAGAGAGGAGGGUAGGGAAAAGGCUGGGAAUUUCUUGCUUUCCCGGAAGCGGAUGGGGGGAAAUGACCUUUGAGUCCGGCUUUUCUCCAGGGGGCCUCAGCUUUUCCGUAGCUCGUACCCAAUCCCACUCGAGCGCCCCCUUCUUGGGCUUUUGUUGGUUUCUUGAGCGAGCCCUUGGAAUCGUCUAGGGCAUAGGGGUUUCUCUCUGAGCUUUCCUGAUCCAAGCUUCUCCUUCUCCCUGCUUUGCUCGUCUCCUAAGGCCGGACAGUUUGAAUAUUGAUAACGUUCAGGUCGAGAAUCCCGAAGAGCUGGGAAUUUAUAGUGUUUUCUAGGGCUUUCCUGUAGUAUUCUCCUUGUGCUUAGGGUUCGGGGGUGUGGUGGACGUCUCGAGUCAUUUGCAUGGAUGGGAGAGAAGGGAUGGCAAUGUCCGGGCCGGCGCCCUACUACAUGCAAAGAGGGAUAGGAGGUCCGGUCGCCGGUUCGCAGCAUCCCGGCCUGCAUGGGCCGCCGGCGGGGAUCCGGUCGAUGCCGAACCCUGGCUCGAGCUUGGCCGCGCAGUCAUCCGGCAUGGUGGCCGGUGGGGGACCGGUCGGGUCGGCGGUGUUUCAGGUAGAGUCCUCGCCGGCGAUCUCUCCCCACGGCGGCGGCGGUGGCGGUGGCGUUGGAGGCGUGGGCAGCGGGGGGCAUGCUGGAGUGGGCUCGGGGGAGCCCAUGAAGAGGAAGCGGGGGAGGCCUAGGAAGUACGGGCCAGACGGGACUAUGGCGCUGGCUCUGUCUCCCAUCUCCUCUGCGACGCCCCCGGGGUCGGGAAUGGGGUCGGGCUCGGCUGCUCCUACUCAAAAGCGGGGUAGAGGGCGGCCACCGGGCACUGGGAGGAAGCAGCAGUUGGCUUCGCUUGGGGAAUGGGUUGCUGGGUCAGCUGGCAUGGGUUUUACACCACACAUUAUAACAAUUGCUGUAGGAGAGGAUAUAGCAUCCAAAAUAAUGUCCUUUUCACAACAGGGACCACGUGCUGUCUGUAUCCUCUCAGCUAAUGGUGCUGUCUCUACAGUGACCCUUCGCCAGCCAGCAACUUCUGGUGGCACUGUCACUUACGAGGGCCGCUUUGAAAUACUCUGCCUGUCGGGAUCCUAUAUGUUGACUGAUGAUGGAGGAUCCCGUAGCAGGAGUGGUGGUCUAAGCAUAUCUCUUUCUAGCCCUGAUGGUCGGGUGAUCGGUGGUGGUGUAGGAGGAUUGUUGAUAGCUGCAACUCCAGUGCAGGUGAUAGUGGGGAGCUUCAUUUAUGGUGGGUCAAAAGCAAAAAGCAAAUAUAAGACCAGCCAAGAACCAGGUGCUGAAUCUGAUCAUCCAGUAGGGGAUAAACAGGGCACACCAUCCAGUGCCCUGCCCAGCCAAAAUCUCACACCUUCUGUUCUGGGUGGAUGGCCUGGUUCAAGGCAAAUGGACAUCAGGAAUGCUCACAUUGACAUUGACCUGACCCGUGGGUAGCUCAUGCUGGCUGUUUAUACUUUGAUGGGUGGUUUGUGUAUAUGUGGCGUUUGUAGAAUGAUUGCGGAAGCCUUAGGGUAAACUAGCAAUAUUUUGCGAGCCUUAUGGAACUCGCAUCUUAUUCCUGCUUAAUCUCAUUUUGUACCAACAUCAGAAGAUAUCAACCAUUUGAUGCCUCUUGUGAUUUUUUUUUUUUUUUUUUGAGUUUCCGCCAUUGUCUUAUUUAGCAUUAGAUGGGGUCAAGUAUUGCCUGUACAUUGCUGGUAUGCCGUCUUUUACUUUGCAGUUUCGUUGCUGUAAUCAUUUUGAGUGCAUCUCCAGUCAAAUUACCCGUUGAGCCUUAAUUGUGCAACAUCAGGGCAUAUUGCCGAUUUACCUUUAAUCUCUUUUUUUUCUUUUGUCUGCACCGGAUCCAGUGGUCGCUUAGAGUUUGAGAAACAUGAUCUGUCUUUUAAAUGUUGUCAGACUAUUUUAAGUUUGGCUGUUUAUGUCAAAAUUUUCUGACUGCAAGG